AUGGAAUCUGGGGUAGUCCACCUUUAUGCGGGGAAAGCCACAGCACCUUCCAUAAAUGACUUCAUCCUAAUAAAACCUAUAAGCAAAGGAGCUUUCGGGAAGGUGUAUUUAGGAGCCAAGGCUAACAACUUAGAAUUCAUAUAUGCCAUAAAAAUAAUGUCUAAAGACGAAAUGAAGAGAAAGAAUCUCGCUGAAAAAGUUACCUGUGAACGAAAUGCCCUCGCUGUCAGCAAAUGCCCUUAUAUUGUACAUCUGUACUAUUCUUUGCAGACUGCCAGUCACAUUUAUCUGGUUAUGGAGUAUCUCAUUGGUGGUGAUUUGAAAGCACUUCUGUUAGUUUCGGGUUGCCUUCAGGAAUCCCAUGCUGCCAUCUACACUGUUGAGGUCACGAUUGCGUUAAAUUAUCUUCAUAAGCAUGGUAUUAUUCACCGAGAUCUCAAACCGGACAACAUACUCAUUGAUUCUCGAGGACACUUAAAGCUAACUGACUUCGGGUUGUCUACGUUAACGUGGAAACGUCCUCUGCAACCGAGUGAUGUUUUAAACACACCUUCUGUGGAUUCAUUACCAGUGCAUUACUAUCGUACUCCUGGUCAACUUAUUUCACUAACAACCGAACUGGCUUUCACGGGAACACCUAGCAUUAACAAAACUCCAGAAACUAAACAAAGAUGCAUGUCACCUUUACAGAAUGAAGAACAGAAAGCUUUUCCGUCUUCUCCAAACUGUUUAGCUUUAAAAAAGUAUUCAAGUAUGGAUUUCAGUGAUUCGAAUUCCCUGUGCGAAUUCCCCUCGAAUCCUUCAUUCAAGGGGCCUACAUUUUCGAAGAGAAAGUCAAAUAAUCUACUUGAACCACAUCAUGGUCCUUCACAGCGAUCUAAAAGUUCUAAUAUUCUUGGGAGUAACUCUUGUGAUUCACCCAUUCAUCACCGCCUAGUUCAUUGGUCACCAGUUGUAGGAUCAACAAGAAACAGAGACAUUCGUCAAGUUACUAAGACUGUACAAACUCGUUCCGAGGGGCUACAAGUAUCUACCUCCUGCUGGGUUAGUUCACUCACACCUGGAUAUGAGUCACACGAUAAUCGACUAAUUGAUGGGCCUUCAUCUUCGACUACAGAUCUUAUAUCUGGCGGACCAAGUUUGACAAGUAUCAGUUCACAGUUUUCAGCAAGUCUUGAACCAUCCCAUCAUGAAUAUAAAUGUCAAAAUUCUGAAGUUAUACUCGAAGAAUCAGUUGUUGAUGAGUCUGGUAAAACAGGUUCAAAUCAAAGAGUUGCUUCCUUAAGUUGGGAUAUGCAUCAGUUAGUUUUAAACGCAAGUUCAGCGUGUGAUACGCUUCCGUAUCCUUUUAUCGAUGAAAAUGACCCAAAAGCACUUGAGAAUUACUCUGGUUCAAUAAAGUUUCAUGAUUGUCCUGCUUCUGUUUCGGCCUUAACUAAGCAACAUUUGUUUGUAAAAGAUAAAUUGUCACCAGUUGAAAAAGCUAGAUUUGGUCGACUGAAUCAUUCACCAGCGUAUCACCAUCCUUUACAUUUGAGUGAUGUCUAUUGUUUGGCUGACUUAGAUCCCUUGAAUCCAUCUAUGCUCGGGUGUAUGAAUUCUCCAGUGUUAGUAAAUACACCUUUGAAAUUUCCACGUCGUUUCUCUACUUCUAUAAUCAAAACCCAGGCGAAUAACUUAACUCGAGGUCUCCAAGCAUCGAUACCAGAAAAUAUGCAACUGAAAGUCGACUCUUUCGAGCUGCUGCAUACUCAAAAAUCACUUCAUCCUAACUCUCUAUGUUUAACAGCUCCAUCUCUCAACAGUGAAUCUCCGUCUUGUGAAGACAAAUCCAUCAUGCCUGUCAAUAGUUCUAUAGCCAUUAGUUCCCUUCACGUACCUUCAAAAUCACCAAAACACGCAUCAUCUCCAGAAAGUUUAUCCAACCGUUUGUUAGGUACUCCUGAGUAUUUGGCACCAGAACUACUACUUCAUCCAUAUUCAAAAAUCGCUUGUGACAGUCCAGCAGUUGAUUGGUGGGCUUUAGGUGUUAUAUUAUUUGAGAUGUUGGUUGGCGUAACUCCAUUUUCGGAUGACACUGUAGAAAAUGUAUUUCACAACAUACUCCGUUUAGAUAUACAAUGGCCUGUCGUUUCAGAGCACUCUCCUGACGUAGAUGCAUUGUCACAAGAACAUUCUGGACUAUCACAAGCAGCUGUAACCUUAAUUACCGGUCUACUGUCUUACAAUCCUGGCGAGAGACUUGAAAUUGCAAGCCAAAUGAGGUAUUGUGAUUUAUUGACACCAGUCGGCGAUUGGAAUAAUUUGCAUAACAUAGAAAUGCCGUUCAUUCCUCAUCCCGACAAUUCAACAGAUACAUUUUAUUUUAAUGUUCGUAAUCAAUAUAAUCAAUAUACUGAAGAGGAUUUACGUGUACAUAUGAAUACUGAUUAA